CGUUACGUUCGUUGUGACGGCUGCGCAAACGUGCAAGAUCAUGAGGAAUGCUGUCGGCUCUCCGCAUCUACUUAUCCCUCAUCCACCACUUCGUACGACUCGCCACUCUGCAUGACUCGACGUUGGAAGCCAAAGCGCGCUCGCCAUGCAUCCACAUUCGACAACCAGACGCGACAUACCCGAGCACCACGUCGCAGCAUCCUUCCUCCAGAAAUGUGGCAUAUCAUAUUCUCUUACUGCAUCCCGACGACCUUGUUCGCUGUUCGUGACACGUGUCGAUUAUUUCGCUCCAUUGUCGAUCGCGACGGUGGCAAACUGCUAGCACAUGCGCCGCUUCUGCUACCCCGACCCCCUCCUGACCCCCGGCUGUUUAUGCGCGUUUACAGAGAUCCUCUUGAACGCAAGCUUAUCCGCGAGUUCUUUGGUAUCACCGAUCCGCGGAAGAAGGGAAUGUACGGUAGCGUUGUCUACACCAACCUUAUGUUUCGAUCCGGUCGCUGCAAUAUCUGUGGGACCUGGACACCAGGACCUCCCGAAUGGAUACAUAGCAAGCUCUAUUUCUGCUCGAAGGAUUGUCGAGUGAGAUUCUUUCGGUCGGAAGUCGUAUAUCUCUUACCGCAGUUCAACUAUCUCCCUGCACGCUCAGUGAUGCCCGAAGUAGACCGCCACAUUGUGCCAAGCCUUCCACUUCUGUCGCUUUCCUCCGACCUGUACCAGAGAGACCAGAAGACGCAAGCGAUAUUAGUGAACGACUUGCUGAAAGCACGAGAAGAGUAUCGGGACGAGGUUCUGAGCGUCUGCGAUGCUCACGAACGAAGCCAGCGCAAGAAAGCGCUGUUUGAGCGUUACUCGGCACGCGCACGCUGGGCCCGCACACUGUUCAUCUUUCAAUUCUGGAUCGACAUGUGGAAGCGUAAAAUGGACGGGACGAGGCGCAAGGUCAUCGCGUCCAGUCUUCGCAGGCUGCGCGAAUACGCUUCGAAGAGGCGCAUCCCUGCUGCGCUCGCAAUGCGCCACCCCACUGUGCGGCAUCCUCUCAAGACGCGUGCCCGCGACCUUCGUCGCGUCUCGCGGUCGAACCUAACGAGGGCUGGCCUGUCUGAUGCCCGGUCGAAGAAGCGGAUGUGCGAGCAUUGCAGGAGAUUGGUCUCGAAGGCCCUUUAUGAUUGGCACGUACAGAGAAGCCACCCGGGGAAACUGCCACUAAAUCGUCUCAACUUCGAGACCGGCAAGGCCGAGUAUCGAUGCGGAUCGUGUACGGAUCAUCGCGUGAAGUGGUAUACGGCAGAUGCCUUGCUCAGCCACGAGUUCUACAAGCAUGGGAUACGUCAUUCGGGGGAGGAUUGCGUGGACAUCAAGAAGGCGGUCACGUACCGUGCAAGAGCAGCUUCAGCGCCUGUUAUAAGCGGGCAACUUUGGGAGUCGCGCGCCGUCGCUUUGCCACCACCUUCUUCGACAAUGACCAACGCCGGACCGCCGCCCGCGAAGAUCUCUCGAACGGAGUCACCCCCUCCACCUGUCGCAGACGUACCCCACAGCCCGCCGCACGCAGCGCCUGCUGCCCAGCAGUUCACCGAAGAGACGUGGGCGGAGAUCAUGUCGCAUUGCUCGGUCUUUGACUUGUUCUGUCUGCGCGACGCCUGUCACCAGUUCCGGACGAUGAUCGACAAGGAGAUGCUAGAGGACGCGUUCGAAGACUUUGGUCUGCAUCUCAUCUGCCCCUUGAACGCACUGGAGAAGGCAUUGCUCCCCGCUAAGCUGCGCGACCCGAUCUGCUACAUGAAGAUGCUCUGCGCGGGGUCAUGCUCGGUUUGUGGCACGAGGUCAGCGCUACCCCCGGCGUCGAGCGACCUGAAGGUCCGCCUUUGUGGCAGUGACGACUGCGCCUCUUUCGUGUUCUCCGAGUACAUGUCGCGCUGCGCCCAUCGGGAUGUGAUGCGAACCUUUCCCAUCCCGGGUCGGCGCACGGCCGAAGUCGAGCUCGCCGAGAUAGCCAAAGCUUGGCAACCGUACGUGCUGACACAGGUCAGGCGCUACGCUCAGCCCUCGUUGCAGAUCAUGUCGAGAGACAUUCGUGAUGAGCCCAACUGCAGGUAUGUCUUGAAGGCGCGUCGGAUGGCCGUACAGGAAUUGGAAGAUGUCGGCUGGGACGGAAAGGACUUGCAGGACAUCGUCCGCAGCAGCCGAGACAAGGAAGGGGCUAAGCGGCUGGUCAGCGAGUACAAGCGCCGCGCCAAAUGCCUUGAGGUCACAGGACGGAUUUAUGACCGUAUCACUAGGCCGCAGUUGUCGUAUGAGAGGUCACUUGUCUACGCGCUGACGCCGCGCCCAAGCCUCGAAUCCCGCGCCAAGUUUCUGAACAAGUCCUACGACCUAAAGCACCCCUUUGUCUCGCGCGUUCUAGUAGCGCAUGUCCGCGACGCAUCCCGCAUCCUCACACCAGCGAUUGAUUGCCUGCUCUCCCCUCCUGACAUGCCGAAGGGGCCCUGGGACCCGGAGUUAGAUCAUGUCCAGCUGGGUAGGUCGUCGAUUGCCCUCCCCCGUGACUUUGUGCCCUUUAUGGACAGGGAGCGGGGUGAGGAAGAGUGUGCUACGAAGGUCACCUCAGCGGAGCGUGAGAUCGAGAUCGAGGAAGAACCUAUACCUACGUGCGAGGAGCCUGCCGUUGCUGGUCCAAGCAACCAUGCCGCCGACCUCGGUAGCUCACCCGGUGGCACUUACGACCGUGGCGGCGAUGCGCGCAAGGCCGUGAGCAAUUGCUCAACCAAGACCCGCCACAAAGCUCGAGCUGCAAAGCCGAAGAUUAGCACGUGGUACACUUGUACGGACUGCGCGUUCGAGACAAGGUUUGAAUCCGCGGCCGAGCUAAUAGGGCAUCGAGCGAAUGAGCAUUCCUCUUCCUCGGGGCCCGCGAAGGCUUGAACCGAAUGGUAGUUGACUCGUCUGUCUCUGUACUAUAGCGCAUAUCAAGAUUUUCCCCUAUCAAACACCAUGUGGACCAGUCAAAGUUGCGAUUCAGGCGAAGAAGGACGACAUUAUUCACCCUCUUACCGAUCCAUCUAGUUCGAAAUAUAUCGACCUACGCGCCGAAAC